CCUCCUCACAGCUCCUCAACCCCAGGAUGCCUCGUCCUAAUAUGCCGAUUCAUAUUAUCUUUCCUCGCCAUCCCCUUCCCACACCCCGAAAUCGGGCACACGAACGGCAGCGCCGCGUCCUGAUCGGCCAGCGCACGCUGGUGUUUCUUAGUCUUUUGAUGCCGUGCAAGGUCCUUGGCGAAGUCCUUGCUCCUGCUAAUGACGGCGCCGCAGGGUUCGCAUGUGUAACUGUCUUCGUGUGUUUUGGUGUGGAGGUUCAGAUCGCGUUGGCGAGGGAAAGUUCUUUCGCAUUUUGAGCAGGGGAAUGUGGAGGUAGUCAGGGAUGUAGGUGGCUGGGGAGCAGAUUGGACAUGCUGCUGUGUGCUUGGAGUGUUUGUAUAUGGGGGGAUGAAAGAGUGUGGAGCUUGGGUGGGACUAAGUAAAACACAGUCGGGUACGGGUGGGAGGUCAUCUUCGGGAUAAAGGAGUUGUUGUUGCUCUUCUUCUUCUGCUGGUGGUGGCGCCUGAGUAUGCUGCUGACUCUCCUGCAGGACAUCGGGGUUGUAUCCCCAGACGAGCAAGCGCGGAUCGAUAAACUCGGGCUGAUGGUGAUAAUGAAGUUGCUCUUGUUGCUCUAACCUCGCUUGACUGGAGUCGGAGAUGGGUCGCUACGGGCGGAAAAUAAGUAGCGAUUAAAGAGUGUCCUGCGAAAGAGCACCAGGCUCAGGCAGCCACUAGAUAAAAGAAGAGAGCGCGGUGGAAGAAGAUGUCCGACUGAGUGAAAAGAAUGGACGCUUGCGCGG